AUGUGCAGUUCAAAGUUUCCAUACCAGUAAAAGUACGUUAUCAAGUUCAGCCUACAAUCACUUAAAGAGUCCCCAACGAACGUUAGAUACGUCCUCUUUAGAUGGCCAUGAAGAGAAUGAGAUCAGAAGAUGUAGGGAAUAAAGACGGCUUAGACGACAUGAUGGCGAAGUGUCUGAUGCUGCUGUCUCAUGGCCGCGGCUUAGCAGAUACAAUGCCCAAAACAUGUCCACUUCCGGUUCAAGUCUUCGAAUGCAAGACAUGCAACCGUCAGUUUUCAUCAUUCCAAGCGCUGGGUGGCCACCGAGCCAGCCACAAGAAGCCAAGAUUGAUGGGGGAAGAACACGAGGAUCAAACCAAGUUGCAGAGUAAUUCUGCAGGGAAUAAAAAACCCAAGAUGCAUGAGUGCUCGAUAUGUGGACAGACGUUCUCCAUGGGGCAGGCUUUGGGUGGGCAUAUGAAGCGGCAUAGAGCGAAUGAAGGGUUAUCAGCUUCCAUUCUGAAUCCUCUAGAUCACGCCAAAGUGCCGGUGCUGAUGAAGAGAUCUAACAGUACGAGGGUUGUCUGCAGCUUGGACUUGAACUUGACACCCUUGGAGAAUGAUUUGAAGUUAUUAUUUGGGAAGAUGGCUCCUAAAGUCGAUCUUCGUUUGAUGAUUUGAUAUAUAUAUGAUCACUGAUCAUCGAUCACACAUGUAUUGCUUUUUUUUCCAUUCAUAUUCAUUAAUUUAUUUUACGUACA